AUGUUAUUUCCCUGAUUUUUUUAAUAAUUUUGAUGUGGGCUUCAGUUUUUUUUAAUUUUUAGAAUUUUGUGAUGCCAUCUUCUCCAUUUCUUGAUUUGUAUUUCAUAUGAGAUUUCAUUUUGUAAUUCUAGUUACUGUAUGCUGGUUUCUACCUGUAAAAAAGUUCAAUCUUUUAGUUGAGAAAAAGAGUGAAAGUUGAGAUGGAGACAUGUCUGGAUUUCAUUAGUCGGCUUGAUUACGAUGCUUCAAUGAGGAUUCUCAUGUGCUUGGAUGAUCCAUCUGAUCUCGUUCAUGUUAGUUGUGUUUCACAUUCUUGGCGACAUUUUGUGAUCACAAAUGGUCUUUUUAAGCAGCUGUGCAUGAGGAUGUUCCCUUCCUUGCAUAAUGUAGAGCAUGUUGCUGAACCAAAUUGUACGAAAAAUUCUUUGGAAAUCGGAUGCAGUAAUUCUGCGGAAAGGGAAACUCUGGCUAGAGAGCAUAGAGUUUAUGCCUUUUUAGCUCAUGGUUGUACAUCCUUUGCUGUUCGGGAGUGUAUUUCAGAUUCGAUAAUUGCUUCUAGCACUGAUAAUUAUCCAGAGGAAACCAUUCAUAAUACUUUGGAACCAAGAGACAGAGUUGCCAUUCAUAAUACUUUGGAACCAAGAGACAGAGUUGCGAGGAGAGCUUCAUACUGGUCAAGCAAAGGACAGAGUAAUCCUGUUGUGCCUGAGACACUUACAUAUAAGCUGGUUGCUGAUAUUUGUAUAAUCACAGAAAUCAGUGUGCGGCCUUUCCAAGCUUUUUUCCAGUAUGGUAAUCCUAUAUAUUCUGCAAAAUCAAUGCGGUUUAGGAUGGGUCAUCUCAAAGCGCCAAUGGAUGAUUCCAUGGUUGAGCCGUGUGAUAAUUUUGCUGAUGAAAAUUUCAUUUGGACUUAUAUCUCCCCAAAGUUUGCAAUGGCUCAGGAGAAUCGCCUACAGAGUUUCAAGCUUCCAGAACCUGUUCUUUGCAUUGGUGGAAUCUUGCAAGUUGAGCUGCUGGGUCGUGUCCAGAAACAAGAAAUGGAUGGCCUAUUCUACAUAUGCAUAUCUCACGUUCGAGCAAUGGGCAGACCGUUAUCUCCUGCAUUCGGUGUUGAAAUACUUGAACCUUCUGGAAAGUUUGUGUUGAAAGCGCAGAGUUAUGAACAACCAAAAGUUGGUGAAAAUGGGUCCUGCGAAUCCCCAGAUGCGAACAUGGAAGAGCGUGUGAGAGAUCUAGAGCAGAUAGUGAAUUUGCUACGGGGACAAGGUGUAAUCGUUGAGUAUGAAUGGAAUGAAGAUGAUGAAUCAGGUGACGAGAUGGCUCUCUAAACCUAUUUUCUAGAUUGGAACAUAAAUAUUCUGGUAAGUUGUUUCAGAAUGAAUAACAACGCAUUGGAAUGUUCAUCUUUGAAGCUGAGUGUAGAAUUUUCUGGGAACCUUUUUGUACUUGAUAAAGGUGUUCUGUUCAACACCUCUCAAGUCGAGCGGUUUAAAAUGUCACUUCUCUUUCGAGUUAUCACUGUUUUGUAAAUUUGAACAUUUCCUGUUUCGAGUGUGGAAUGGAAUAAUAAUCUCUAAGAUUCAGUUUAGUUUUGUA